AAAAGUAACAGUCAGUAUCUGGUGUCCUCCAGCUGCUUUAAGUACUAUAGUGCAUCUCAUCCUCAUGGACUGCACCAGAUUUGUCAGUUCUUGCUGUGAGAUGUUACUCCACUCUUCCACCAAAAUAUUUGCAAGUGGUUUUAACACAUGGUUGAAUGUAGUUUUCCACUGCAAUGACGAUCAGCUGUCCUUCCUGUCAACUUUUAGCACUGUAUUAGGUAUCUUACAUUACAGACAUUGCAGUUUAUUGCGCUGGCCACAUCUGCUGUCCUCAUGCCUCCCUGCACUAGGCCUAUGACAUGUUCACGCAGGUGACAGGAACCCUAGUCAUCUUUCUUCUGGUGUUUUUCAGAGUCAGAAGAAAGGUCUCUUUAGUGUCCUAACUUAUUGUUACUGUGACCUUAAUUGCCUGUAAACUGUUUGUGUCUUAAGGACUGUUCCAUAGGUGCACGUGCAAUAAUUGUUUAUGGUUCAUUGAACAAGCAUGAAAAGCAUUGUUUAAACCUUUUCCAACAAAGAUCUGUAAAGCUUAUUGGGAUUUUACAAAAUUAUCUUCCCUUAACUGCUAGAAGUGGGCUGACAUAAUCUAUCUGUAGAUUUGUCCACGGGGCCUUUGCUAUACAUGUGGGCCUCAAGCAACCUUUCCUUUUGAUUUUUGAUAGAUUCAGUGGGCAUCUGUAAAAAUAAAUAAAUAAAUAAAUAAAAUAAAACAAAAAUUGCACAUUAAUUAUUUAUGUCUUUAUCCAUGUUUGGCCACCAGAACAUGUUUCUAAGACUUUUGGCAUACCUAUGUGCUGCAAUCCUUCACUUUAAUUUCAUUACCCUGUAAUAUCAUCUGUCUUUUAUCUUUUAUAGCCAUAUGUUGUUGUAUUUCUGUUAUUUCGAGGGGGAGAAGAAGAGUAAAGAAAACUUAAACAUGUUUGGGGCCCUUAGUUCCAGUAAAUAUUUUUUUGAAGAAGGCCCACAGUCAGGUGUCCACAAACUUAUAGUCUUGGCCAUACAGUCUAAUUGUCAGUAUCCUUUAUACCUGUAUUUAAUCUUAUUUAGUGUUCUAGUAUUUAAUAGUCUAUCAAUUCUAGUAGAAAACAACAACAACUAAGUAAACACGAUUUGGUGAAUGUUUCCUAUAUUACAUUACUUGAAUAUAUACUGAAACAAACCAGAAAUGUAAUUACAUAAAAAUAUACAUUUUCAAAAUAAUAAAAUAGGUCUACCGAUUUCCACAUGGAAACCGGAAAUAACAUUCCAAAAAGGCUUACCGUGAUCUGCAGCAUCCCCGCUCUGAAUGUUGCUGGAUAGAUUACGUAGUCUCUGACUGUAUGGAGUAUAGGGGGUGGUGGGAGUGGUCUAAAGUGACAUACUGAGAGCCUUGGCAGACCCGGCUUAAAUUUAUCACUGCAGCUGAGGGGCAUUUUAAACCUGCAUUUAUUCAGCACCUGUGUGUUUGUUGAGGCCCGUUUUCAUCCCUCCAAACCUACAAGAACUGCAAACGCCCUCCAGGCUCCUUUCAAGCAAUAAACAAUGAAGAUUGAGAACAGCCUGACUUGCCUCCCUGAGGUGCCUCCUCAUACUGAACUACAGUUCACUGUGGCUACCGAGGAAGACUUUGAUGACAUCAUGGCCAUCAGCCAGGAUAUCUAUGGUGGUCUAGACUACCUUCCUACCCGUUAUCAGGCCUGGUUACAGGAGACAAACCGUACUGUCAUCCUUGCUCGCAAGCAAGGCAAAGUGAUUGCACUUGAGUCAGUAUGUGUUAUUGACGAUGGAGAAACUAUGUUGGUGGAAGGGCUCCGUGUGGCCCCUCAGGAGAGGGGCAAGGGAGUUGCACGGGUGCUGCUCCGCUUCUGUUCUCAGCUUGUUAAGUUGAAGUAUCCUGAAGUUAAAGUGAGCAGACUGACCAGAGAUGAUAAGCUGGGGCCCAAGGACUUUCAGAAAUACAGGCUCAUCACUAAACAGGGAAUCCUGCUGGUACGCUUCCGUGCUGAAGACCUAAAGUUACGGCUCACUGAUCUUGGGCUUAAUGUGAGUAUUGAAGGAGAUGGCCUGGCUCCUUCCAGCACCCCAGUGAGGUUAGAGGCCGCAGAAGUCCACCAGCUUUUUUUGAGCAGUGACGCAAUGCAAGAUGUACUACCCAAUGGUACCAUUGUGCAAGACUGGCAGCCCUUCAAACCCAUGCCCAGCAACAUGGAAAUCCUGUUGAAGAAAGACAUUGAUUGGAUGGUGGAUGAUACCUGUUGCCCAACUAUGGUCAGCCUGUGCACUUUCCCCUUUCAUGUACCUAUUGGCGACGACUGGUACUACCUCAACAUUGACAUGUUUGGCAAAGAUCUGGCUCUGGCUGUGCAGCAGCUCCUAUGUCACCUGAGGUGCCACACUAGCACACUGAAGGGCUAUGUGAUGUGCCAGGUUUUCCUGGACCCACCACUGUGGAAGCCCAUGGCUGAUUUCUUCAGGGAGACCUUGAAAGUGGAGCUGGUGAAGGAAUACACAGAGCAGUGUGUAGUGGAAUCCGACUUGGUGUAGCAAGCGGAGGGCUGUCGGCUAAAAGUUAGGCGUUUGAGACUCCCCUCACCCCACACUUGGAGGCCAAACAUUAGAAACUGGAAGAGCUUUGAUAUCACUCAAAUGGUUUCCUUUCAUAUUUUGCCCCAGAACAAAACCUUUAUCCUACAUAUACAGACAAACAUACUAUUAAAUUAAAAUCCCCUUCUAGAAAUGAAGUAAUUUUAAGUUAGUUUGAGUUAGUUUAAUAAUGCCUCAUCACUGCAAAAAAAAAACAAACAAAAAAAACAAUGAAAGCAGCAAUUAGUUAAGAUAGAAUAAAUAUGCAAAAAGAAA